AUGGGUAAUCUCUCCCGUCUUCUCACCGUGCUUUCAGCAGGAAGCACUGCAUGGGCGACGCAGGCACCCCUCGGUUCCGCCAACACAGGCGCGAACCAGUGCCUCAGCAUGACCGGCGGAGCCCCCCAUACUAACUUCGAUGCGUGCUGUGGAAGUGGCUCAUCUGGCCGUGGCACCGUCGACGGCGUCGAGUUCACCUACACAUGCGGACAGUGGGCGACGCCCUACGCGAGCAAGCCCGUGAACGCCGCCAGCGCGCGGGAAUGUGCGCAGCUCUGCGCGGCCGCUGGCUCCCAGUGUCCCGCGGCCGCCUGGAUGUCUAAGGGGCAGUGUUACUUCAUCACUUCCGGCGCUUACUCGGUCAGACCGUUGAAGGGGAUCCUCUUGCUCGAGAAGACGGGCAAGCUGGUCGCUGGAGAGGAGCCCACGGAGCCGGAGGGCGGAUGCGAUAAGGUCGCCGAGGAGGCGAAGACGCAGUGCGAGAAGGAGGCGACGGAGCGAUGCGAGGCAGACAAGACCCGCGUCGGCGAGCAGUGCAAGGCGGAUUGUGCUAAGCAGGCCGCCUCCGUCACGGAGCAAUGCAAUGCGGACAAGGCGAAGCUAGAGGAGGAUAUGAACACCAAAUGUCGGGAUCAGACCGCGGCUGCUGUGCAGGAGCAGGUCGCGAAAUGCGACAAGGAGAAGUCCGACCUCGGAGGCUCCUGCGACGAUCUCAAGAAGCAGGGCGAGGCCCAGUGUGAGAAGGAUAAGGCGGCCAUUACUGAAGAAGCGAAGAAGCAGUGCGGUGCGGACACGACCGCUAUCACGGAGGACGCGCGGAAGCAGUGCGAUGCGGACAAGACUGCCAUCACCGAAAACGCGAAGAAGCAGUGCGAUGCGGACAAGACCGCCAUCACGGAGGACGCGCGGAAGCAGUGCGACGCGGACAAGGCGACUCUAACGUCGGCCUGCGACGCAGAGAAGGACCGCCUCCAGAAGGCGCUCGACGAAGCCAACGAGAAGCUCAAGAAGCUUGAAGGCAGUGGUGGUGGCACCAGCGCGUCGACCACCUCGCCGGCCAACGAGGCCCUGCUCGAGGAGAUUGCGCGCGAGAACUUCAGCACCAUCUGCCCGAAGUUUGGCGGCAAGUCUUUCAUCACCGUGGACUCCAAGGGCUACAAGCACGAGUGGACCCUGUACUGCCACACUGGGGUCACGGGCCAAUCAAACCCCAACUACAACUGGAGCUGCCACACUCAGAACAUCAUCCAGCUUCUGAAGGAGCAGCAGGAGCGGUCGGACCUCAAGGCUCUGUGGGUCAACACCAACAAUGUCUGCACGCCUUGGACGGGGGGUUAUGUGAAUGUCGGCGGCCCGUUCGCGAACCACCAUUUGUACCUCCCUACAGAGCCCCGCAAACCGGCCCAGCACCUCAACGAGCGAGACGAGUUGGUCGAGCGCUCCGGAGGUGUGACGGAUCGCAUGCACCCGGAGGAAAUUGAGUCGCGAUCAACCUCGCUUGUUGAAUCGACCGCGUGGCAGAAGGUGAUGAUUCGGAGGGUGAAGGGGGUCGUUAUUAGGGUUCUUUUGCAGGUCGGUCGCCGCGACCAUGGCCUUCGCCAGUUCACCAUCUACCAGGGCCGUGGAUUCGCCUGCCGUCGUGACUUCGAACGAGACACCACCCCCAUGGUACAGAGUGAAGGCAUGGACCUGGCACCCUGGGCAACUUUGGGGGGUAGCUGCGUCAAAUACGCUCAGGACCGGAAGAAUCAGGAUCAUGCCCGCAAGAAGUUCCCUGCGACCCCCGCGGACGUGGCCGUGUCCGAGGCCCUCGAGGAGAUCAGCAAGAAACUUCAUGCCACCACCAUCACUGGAGCUGCGCUGGCGUACAUCCUACAGGAGGCUCUCUACGACUUUCCCAUUAUCGACUGCCGCAAGGUGGAACAUCUGGAAUCGAAAAUCGAGGCCUUGAAGGGCCCCUGGACGAGAACGACAUUCGGCAGAUCGAAUUGGCCACACACCGUGUGA